AUGGAGAGCAGGAAAGGCGGAGGAAGGGGGCAAGGGAAGGAAGGCAGAAGAAAAACAUCGACGGGAAGAAGAAGGGAGAUCCCCGGGGCUGGGCCUUUUACUGGGGUCAGUCUAGCAGGUCCCUCACCGGCCCAAGCAUAAGGCUCGCCCAACCGCACAGCUUGCCCCAGGGCUGGCUUCCAGACCAAGGGCAGGUAAAGGUCGGAGCCUCCCCAGAAGCCACACCUGGUCUGGUGGAGAAGGAAGGGACUCCAAGCUUGCAUGCGAAUGGGAGCAUCACGGUUGGGUGGGCUAGAAAAACCAAAGGUGUAUCAAGGUGUCCGGGUGAAGAUCACAGUGAAGGAGCUGCUGCAGCAGAGAAGGGCUCACCAAGCAGCCUCAGGGGGAACCCUGUCCGGAGGGAACAGUAUCCACCUUCCAGAUCCAGUCACAGCAUCUUCUGCAGGACUGUAUUUUGAGCCUGAGUCGAUUUCUUCCACACCCAAUUAUUUUCAACCCCGAGAGUUUUCCAGUUGUGCUUCUUGUGAAGAAAACCCAAGCUGCCUUGACCAGAUCUUGGAUUCCUACCUUCAGACAGAGACACACCUGGACCCUUUGCUCAAUUCCACGCAAAGUACUUCACACUAUUUCCCAGACAGCUUCCAGACUACCCCUCUCUGCUUUAACCAGAGCCUGACCCCAGGAUCGCCUUCAGAUUCCUCCACUCUCUCUGGUUCCUUAGACUACAGUUACUUGCCGGCUCAGCUACCUUCAUAUGCUCCGGAGAAUUACAGUUCUCCCCCUCCUCUGGACACCAGAAACUGUGGCUAUCCCUCAGAAGACUUCUCCUACCCUCACUUGCCCUCUCACGCCCAGUACGACUACUUUUCCUCGGCUACUACCUCUGGCUGCUACUGUGCAUCCUGUGAGGCCGAACACUUGGACACCAUCAGAGCAUCCGAGUAUUUUUCCUAUCCCAGCACAGACUAUGUGAACUUUGCUCCCUCUGCAGCAGCAACCAGUGAUUUCUACAUGAGGGAAACAAACUGUGACAUCUGCUAUAGUUCAUAGAAGUUCAUUAGUGUGGAACAUGGCAUGCGUGUAUGUUUCUACCACGCCAGAUGACAAUUCAAAAGAGGCAACCUGUUAACAAAAUAUCACAGGCACAGUUUACAUGUCACGGUUUUCCAUUUUCUGACGUUAAAUUAAGCAUUAAGGUGAAGUCCUCAGACCCAGUCAUUGUGCCACUCCUACUUUGUAUGCUUACAGUUAAAAUUUUUGUAUGGAACAUUCAAUUGUUUUACUUUACUGUGUA